GAAGGUUUUGCCUAUCUCCUUGAGCCGUGGCUGAGUCGAACACCCACCCAAUGAGGAUUCUGGGCAUUUGUCCAAUGAUUUUUCAAUUCUUCUCUCUCUCUCUCUCUCUCUCUCAUUUUUUUCCCUCUCUUUCUUUCUCCUUCUAUUCAUCAUGUCCAACUGGAAAAAUGUUAACAACUGGCACUGGGUCAAUAAAAACUGUCUCGUAUGGGCUCAGACUUAUUUUACUGACAAAGUAGUUGGAUUAGAAACUGAAAAGGAUGGUCACCAAGUAAAAAUCAGCAAGAUGGAUGAAUGUACUGGUGAUGUCGAAGUCUGUCAACGCAAAGGAAAGAUCAUUACUAUUUAUGAUGUUAAUUUGAAAUAUUCUUGGGAAGGUGUUGCAUCCGAUGGUACCAAAGUGUCAGGUACUAUCCAUAUUCCUGAAGUAGCUCAUGAUACUGAAAUAGAUGAAUAUGUGUUUGAAGUGACCGUCAAGGAAGAAGAUACCCUCAAACGUACUAUUCGGGAUAUUGUCAAACGUCAUCUUACUCCUUUGAUGUCUAAACAAUUCGACAUGUUUUCCAAAGAUUUAAUCUCCCAUCAUGGAUCUGAUGUUUAUAUUCAAGCCGAUCAACUUGGUACACCAGCACCGCUUAGACAACCAACUCCUUUAUAGAUAUAGUGUGAUUGAUUUUCCACAUUACAUCCCCCCUUAUUCCUAUCCACAUGUUCGUCAUUGGGUUUAUUAUUAUUAUUAUUAUUAUACACAUUGCAUUUUAUUUAUUAAACUUUUACACGUUAUUCUAGCAUCGCAUUCAAUUUGUUUUCUUUAUUUUAUUCCUGGUUGAUUACUUAUAUUAUUCUUGAAAUAAAUAAUAAUAAAAAAAAA